UGCAGCAAACUUUGUGGUAACAUACUGUGUACCUCUUGGUAUCAUGGCUGUAUGUUAUACCAUCAUCAGUACAAAGUUAUGGGGUAAUGGUCUCCUAGGUGAAAACAUACCAAACAGAGCAAGACAGAUAACAGCAAAACGAAAGAUUGUUAAGAUGAUAGUGAUAGUAGUGGCUGUCUUUGCCAUAUGUUGGCUGCCACUCCACGCCUACCACUUCAUGACGUAUCUGAACUUUGAUGCAUUAACGGUGAAGGGAAGUCGUCAUAUCUACAUUACAAUAUGGCUGAUAGCUAUGAGUAGCUCCAUGUACAACCCUUUCAUCUACUGCUGGCUAAAUGACAGAUUUCGAUACGGCUUCAAGAGAGUGUUCCUCUGUCUUUUACCAAUCCGGAUCAAUGGAUACAGUCAGCAGCAAGGUUCGAACGUCCCUGCUAGCUCAAACGCCACCAACACAACCAACUACAUGUGCAGCCAACGAAUAGUCAACGGCAAAGACCACAGAACUGUGUCUUAUCGGAUGCCUUCGGUCGGUAUAACAUCGGCCAGUGACUCAGCCGAAGAUACGAUGUGAUGCCGAACUCCGGCCGAAGACACAGUGUAAUGCCGAACAUCCGU